GAUGCUGGGGACGUGACGAGGAUAUGGAAUCCUGUGCCUUAUUUCUUGGAAGUGGCGUGGCUUGAGCAUAGUCCAUUUGAGCAGCUGAAGUCUGAGAGUGUUUGUGAAACAUGAAUUUCUAGAAUCUCAAGACCACUGGAAUGGACUAAACCUGGCUAAACAAACGUAUUCGCGAUGGAUGAAGACUCAGAUGAAGAUUGUGAUCUCAUCCAGCCUAGCUUGAUUCAACAGAUCAAGAAAAUUCUGGACCAGUACCCAGAUGAUGGGCAAAUUCUCAAGGAACUUAUUCAGAAUGCAGAAGAUGCUGAAGCAAGAGAAGUGAAGGUCUUGUAUGAUGAACACUCCUAUGGGACUCACAGUCUCUUUAAACCAGAGCUGGCAAAAUUUCAGGGCCCUGCCUUGUAUGCAUACAAUAACGCCAUGUUUAAACGAGAUGACUGGAAUGGCCUCCGUAUGCUAUGCGAUAGCAUCAAAGUCAAGGACCCCAUGAAAGUCGGCCGCUUUGGGUUGGGCUUUAAGUCCGUCUUUCACAUGACAGAUCUGCCAAGUGUGAUAAGCAGCGAUCGCCUUCGUAUGAUUGAUCCACAAGAGACGUUCGUCAGCACCCCAGAGAGAAGGCGAACUGGAAGAGGGUGGCACCUGAAGGACGCUGCGUCAAUACGCAGAACUCCUGACCAGUUUGCUCCUUACAAGGGAAUUUUCAACUGUUCCCAGGAAGCUUUCGCUAAUGGAGAAUACGACGGAACACUGUUUCGCUUCCCUUUAAGGCAAGAAGCAUCAAAAGUGUCGGAGAACGUUUAUUCUUGCAAGAAGAUCCAGGGUCUGUACGAGUGUUUCAAGGCCGAGGCGCACCUGACACUCCUGUUCAUGAAGAGCCUGGAGAGCAUCGAGCUGUAUGAGCGAGGAGUUGACGACAAGGAGCCCAAGAAGUGUUUCCAGGUGAAGAUAUCAGACUCAUGCCUCGAGCAUGUGAGAGAAGGGAGGCUCAACUUCGCCGAUCGUGUGCGCAAGAUUAGGGCCUUAGGUGGAAACGAAAGCGCAUUGUCAGAAACCUAUGUCAUGACGGUAGAAGCAACUUCUUAUCCCUUAUCCGGCAUACCUUCAACACAACAACACACUUUUGUUGUGACGCAAUACUACAGCGGUAAUGAGGCAUCAUCUGAGCUGAGGGAACUUAUUAAUGAAGAGUCCCUUAGUUACAUGCCGUGGGUAGGGGUGGCUGCCCCCCUUGAUCUAGCAAGCAGCAGUUCAUGGCUGGCUGCCGUAGACGCCCAGCAGCCGAAAGGGCAUAUCUUCUGCUUCCUGCCGCUGCCUCUAGAGCAGAAGAGUCUGACAGGUCUACCAGUCCAUGUGAACGGAUUCUUCGCCCUGAGCCAGAACCGCCGCCACCUAAAGUGGCCAAGUGCCGACCAGCAACAGACGGACCAGCGCAUCACAGACAAGAGCCUACUGUGGAAUCGUUGUCUGCUUAAAGAAGUACUUCCUGCAGCCUAUGCCACGUUACUGCUAAAAAUGCCACGGAAGAAUGAUGCCAGGCUACUUACCGCUGCUUACUGCGCAUGGCCAGAUGAACAGAAAGUAGAUGUUAAGUGGAAGGUUAUACUAGAGCCAUUGUUUGAAAAGUUUCUUAUCCAUGAAGUCGCCUUCAGUGAAGUUAACGGUGGUAAGUGGUUGAGAUUCGAUAGCGUUAUAUUGGACAAGUUGGAUGCCACUUACGCUCCCGUUAUCACUGCCUUGCUGGAUGCUGGACAGAACAUCGCAAGACUUCCCCGUCGCGUUCACCGAGCACUAGACAGGUACUAUACCUAUUGCAAGGUCAAGGUGAUCACGCCCAAAUUCGUGCGGGACACUCUGCGCAGUUACCCCCAGUGCUACAAGGGAUUGAAACGCAAGGACAGCAUUGUACUACUACGUUACAUACUUCAAGACUCCAACUUUGAAGAUCUAGCAGGUCUGGCCUUGCUUCCCCUUGCUGACAACACGUUUGAAGUGUUCCAAAGAAAUGGUUUUGGGUUCCAGAACAAGGUUUACAUGCCGUCCGAUCAACAUCCUGGUUCUCUGCUGCGAGGAUUGAAGAGUAUACUCCUAGACACGUCGAUAGAAGCGUCUGUUGUUGCGAGGUUACAUGAGGUCACACGGUCAGGCAAAACUCAGCUGCGAUCUUUAGACGCUGAGGCUGUCGCCACACACCUUAAGGAUGCGCUGCCUUCUGAUUGGUUCAACAACACUUCUGUGCUGUGGUAUCCUGAACGCUUUGACCACCCUUCUGUUGAAUGGUUCAAACAGCUUUGGCGAUAUUUUGUGGAUCACUUCCCAUUUCGUCUUAAUCGUUUCGGUGGUCUCCCCCUCAUCCCUGUCACCCCUCUGACAUCAUCUCCAGUUAAGAUGGCUCCCAUGAACACAACGCCUGUAACGCUUGCCCUAUCCUACAAGGGUGAUUCAUUGCCUACAAAAGUCAAAGAAGUUUUGACUGAGUGUGGAAUAACAGUGGUUGAGGAACUUCCACAAUGCAUCGAAAGUCACCCGGGCGUCGUCCCUCAGUUUGUGAGACGCCCAGACUCCCAAGGUGUAGUAGAAGCACUAGUCCAGGUGUUGCGAAGCUUUCCGCAAGCAUUCCCCCGCAAUCUCAGUCUUGAGCAUGUAAGACACUUAAAGGCUUUUCUUUCCGGCGCUAAACUUUCAGAGCCUCAAAAACAGGUGCUAAGAAAACUCCCUGUUUUCGAAACUGUUGGAGGUGUGAAAGGAAUGGCGAAGCAUGUAUCAAUAGAAAAUGUUCCAGUAGGCUUGGAAUCGAGUGAUUUGCCCCCUGUACCCCUGGAUAGGGAAGUCAUCAACCUCCAAGACCUAAUUAGCCGUAACCUAGGUCAGUUGCUUGGAGUCGUGGUACUUCAACCCAUGGACCUCGUCCAAGACCUGCUUUACAAGAUUUCAAGAAGCGAGAUGGAGGAGUCUCAAGUCGAUGCCCUCAUGGACUAUGUCCUCAGCCGUCUGCAACAAUACAACAAGAAGAAUAAUCUGAAAACCGUCCUGAUGAACAUAACAUUCGUGCCUGUCAAAGGCUGUCGACGUGCCAUGCCGAAAGACCUGUUUGACCCGAGCAAGCAGUCUCUCAAGCACAUUUUUUACGGUGAAAAGGGCAAGUUUCCUCUCGAGGGGACUUACACUGAACGUUACCUUUAUGAAAUGCGGGGGCUUGGUCUGAAGGGAGAGGAGCAAAUCACAGCCGACGAUAUCCUGCAGAGCGUCAAAGUGGUCUCCAGUAUCAGCGAGGCACCGCAAGCCAAUAAGAAAGCAAGUACUAUCCUCGAAUUCCUUUCCACUCGUGAGAACCUCCUGUGGCAUCUUUGCUCGCCGGGUGGCACUCUGAUGCAGCUCUUGAUGAACAUUUCCUGGGUACCUGUACUUAAGGACAAACCAGAAGCUUAUCCAAGCUGUCUCCCGCUAAAGGCUUCGGGUCUCCUUGAAAAGCCCAUGAAUGUAAAGACACAGAAGUUUGCCUUCCUUAUUGGAUCGACUAAACCACUCAUUGCAUUUUCGAGAUUAGAUGCAAAAUUGACAGAUGCAUUUGGCUGGAAUACAAAUCCCAAAGUUCAAGAAGUUCUGGAGCACUUGAAGAACGUCGUCGCAUGCUACGACGUCGGGGAGAAGGCAGCAAUUAUUUCUGUUGUGAAGAAAAUCUACGAUUUUCUUUCAGGAACCAGUAAUGUUGAGGUUGUUAAUGGGUUGAAGCUGCUUGGGAUGUCCAGCUGGGUGUGGAAUGGAGAAGGAUUCUGCGCACCUGAAGAUAUCGUGGCCGAGAAGCCAUCACUUGACUUGUCACCUUAUUUAUGCACCUUACCCUCAGAGACACAAGGGCACAGGCAGCUGUUCCUUGGCCAUGGAAUGAUAGUAAAAUGUGGCGACGAAGUUCUUCUGAAGGUGCUUGCCAAGAUCAGAGAUAAGCACGAGGCACAGACGCACCCCCAUGCCAACGACCCAAGACGAGACCUGCAAAUGUCCAUUGACAUUUUGAAUGAGCUCAAGCCCAACGCAGGCUCACAUCUGAGUGAAGAGUUCCGGCAACAGCUACUAAUCCCAUUAGAUAACGAUGAUAGUAAUGAGUUGCAGUUUGCGCCUGUGGAUGACUGUACCUACUGUGACGUGGAGUGGCUGAAGCAUGGCAACGAGGCAUCCGAUGUCGAUGACGAGUUAAACAUCAAGUUCAUUCAUCGAAAUAUCUCCCCUCAAACCGCGGAGGAUCUGCAAGUGCCAACCCUGAUGAGUCGAAUGCUGGAUGCGGAGGAGCUUGAAUUUGGGGAGAGCUUUGGCCAGUACGAGCCUCUCACUCGCCGGCUGCAGAGACUGCUUGAGGAGUACACCGACGGCUUCUCCGUCCCAAAGGAACUUAUUCAGAACGCCGAUGACGCAGGUGCAACCGAAGUGAGGUUCCUGUACGAUGAACGAGCGAACGAGGACGCUAUGACUUGUCUUAUUAGCGAAGGAAUGAAGGAAUGCCAGGGUCCCGCUCUCUGGGUUUACAACAAUGCAGUCUUUACUGACGCAGAUUUUUAGAAUAUCACCAAUUUGAACGGCGCCACCAAAGAAGAGGAUUCUGGGAAGAUUGGAAGAUUCGGACUUGGUUUCAAUGCUGUUUAUAACAUAACCGACGUACCAAGUCUUUUGAGCAGAAACAACCUGGUCAUAUUUGAUCCACAUACAACUCAUCUCGGUAGAGCUAUACGCGAGAAGAGCCGACCAGGAAUCAAGAUAGACGUGACGAGGAGUCGAGAGAAACGAAACAAGCUAGCUAACCAGCUGAAGCCGUACAAUGACAUCUUCGGGUGCAACCUUAGACCUGACUCCGGUCAUGUGUCUUUCAAUGGGACUUUGUUUCGAUUUCCGCUGCGUACCAAGGAGCAAGCUAGACGAAGUGAAAUCAAGAAUCUGCAGUAUGACCACGGGGAAGUUGUUAAGCUGCUGCAGAUGUUUGUCAGUGGAGCGGAGUCCUUGCUGCUUUUCACCCAGAAUGUCUGCAAGGUCAGUGUCUACCAUCUGCCUAAAUGUAGCUACGAUGCUUCUGAGCCUGUCGAAUUGAUGACAGUUCUCAAAUCAGGAGUCAAGUUUAUCCGGGAGCUAGACGCCAACGUCUCGUUAUCAGAACCUGCAAAAGAAUUACCAACCAAAGACCAGAAGCUCAUCAAGCAGUGCAACAUUCUAAAAGCUGCCACUGAAGCAUUGAAGCACAGCGAAGAUCGGCAGGUCCAGUCCUCGGUGCUUUUAAGGACAAGUUGCACUGUUUCAGAAAGUGGUCGCCAGCUGUUUGAUAGUAACCCCUCUCACGUCACCCAUUGGCUUGUUACAUCUACUUUGGUAGGAGAUACUGCGUGGCAGCUAGCGAAACGAAACGGGAAGCUUCUACCAGUUGCAGGUGCAGCAGCAAAGCUGAAGCAGAUGCCUGAUGGCGGAUUUGUACCCGAACCAUUCACGCCGCGUUCUAUUCAGCCUGUGAGUGUUGGACACGUGUAUUGUUUCCUCCCGCUGCCCAUCCAGAGCGGACUUCCGGUUCACAUAAAUGGCAGCUUUGCGACUGACUCAAGCAGACGGCAUCUUCGAGAGAUGACCGAGGAUGACAAGCGAGAUUUCGGAUCUGAGUGGAACAACGUUCUCAUGAAAGAGGCGGUUUGCCACGCGUACUUGACACUUCUCGAAGACGUGAAGACUGUCCUUCCCCAAGAGGAGUCUGCCUAUCCGUUCCACUGCCUCUGGCCUUGUCCUGGGACUGCAGCCUCCUGCCUUAUCAUACAGCAUCAGUUCUACAAGUCACUAUGCUCUCCUAAUGACCCUCCAACAUUGUUCUCUGACAACGCCAGUUGGUGUGGCUUACCUGAAGUAGUCUUUCUUCACCCAGAGUUCCGCCACGAUUGUAAAAUUGGCGAAGAUGCAUUCCAAGUCUUCUCAAUUCUUCAAAAAGGCAAGGGUGUUGUGGUGGAUGUUCCCGGAGAUGUCUUUAACUCAUUUGUUGAAAGUGGAUGCAAAAGAGAGAUACUAGAAAGAUGCUUCAACAUGUACCGAGCCUACAAAGAGGUCUUUCUUCCUGCAAUCGAGUCGCCUCAUAUCUCUGACGAGCUAAAAGAUAAACUGAUCCUGUAUGCACUCACAAACAACGAGCACGGAAGCGAGGAGGUGAAAUGUCUGAUAAGAUUCACCAAGUGCAUCCCGACAACUCCAGACGGCAAUACCAGAAAAUGUCCCUCGGAUCUUAUCCAUCCGGAGCGUGAGGCAUCAAAGCUAUUCGGCGAAGAAGAUGGGAGAUUUCCGACUAGGGCAUACAGAGAGCAUUCAACUCUUCGAGCGUUGGUACAGCUGGGAAUGCGCAGAGAUGAUCUCAGAUGGGACGAGAUUAUUGACCGAGCACAAAGUGUGCAGACCCUGAACGAGAGGUGUACCCCGAAGGCUUAUCCUGAAGCACUCUCCCGUGCCAAGGCUGUUCUUAAGUUUAUUGACGACAAAUUGGCAAACAACAACAAUCUUCCCAGCGAAAGCGAGAUUAAGGAAUUACAGCAAGUUCAGUUUCUACCAUACCUUCCAAAACCAGAAAACACGCCAUUCAAGUGGAAAGCUGAUGAAAUCCGUCCACACACAUUCCUGGCAGCUAGUUCUCUUUACUCAGGGCAAGAUGAAAAACUGAUAUCUACGACUGCACCAAUACUCGAUGACACAAACGAGGGUUGUGGUCGCUUCACAAGUGCAUUGGUCAAGCUAUUAGGUAUCAGAAAGAGUGUGACAAUGGAUCAGGUGAAAAGCCAGUUGCAAACGGUCAUGAAGGUGAAGUUGAGCUGUCUGGACAAUGACAGACUCGAUGAUGUGCGCAAGGUAUGUGCUGCCAUCUACGCGUACCUAGAGAGGAGCCUCGAGGGUGGCGAAACAGAUUUGAAGCAGUAUCUGCAAUCUAUGGAGUUCAUUCUCCAGGACCAACGUUUUUUGAAGAUAGACCAGGUGGCCUUUAGAUGCCCUCCAGGGCUGGCACCGUACCUUCAUAACCUUCAGAAGGAGUACGUCAAGAGGUUCUACUCGCUUUUCAAGGGGCUGGGGAUACGGGAUGAAUUUGGGGUUGAUGACUACAUUCGCACUCUGAGCCUGAUGAAUACGAAGUUUGCCAAUGCUGCGCUAGACCCAGAUUCCCUUCGAGCAGCAGUUGAGAUUGCCCAGCUACUAGGCAAACUUGAUGGAAUUGAUAAACGCCAAGCGAUUUACCUCCCUGAUUCCAAGUCCGUACUUAGAGUCGCCAAAGAGCUGUCAGUCAAGGAUUGUCCUUGGAUGCCGAACGAGCCUGGGAUAAACUAUGCCAACGAGAAAAUUCCUUUUUCGACCUGUUUGGAGCUCGGAGUCAAUACACGGAGAAAAGAUUUUCUUCGAAGACGCUCUCACGGGAUUCCUUUUGGACAGAAAGAGAAGCUGACCACUCGGCUGAAGAGGAUCUUAAAAGGUUAUCCUUGUGAUGGUGCGAUUCUGAAAGAGCUGCUUCAAAACGCAGACGACGCUAAAGCUUCAAAAAUCUGCUUUAUCAAGGACCUUCGUCGCCAUCCAAGCGAGAGAAUUUUUGAACAAUCAUGGAAACCCCUUCAGGGUCCAGCACUUUGCGUUUAUAACGACAGCCCUUUCACAACACCAGACAUCGAAGGUAUCCAACGUCUCGGAGAAGGUAGCAAGGGCGAUGAUCCAAACAAGACCGGCCAGUAUGGGGUAGGCUUCAACGCUGUCUACCACAUGACAGACUGUCCGUCAUUUGUCUCCAAGGGGCAAGAAGCAGGCGAGAUCAUGUGUGUGUUCGAUCCGAACUUGACGUUCGUGCCUGGGGCCACUGAUGAAGCCCCUGGAAUGCAGUACAAGGAGCUGGAUCAUCUUAGGGAUGUCUUCAGUGAUGUUUUCCCUUGUUAUCUAGGCGAGCACUUUCCCGUAGAGAAUGCCACAAUGUUCCGAUUCCCUUUGCGUGAUGUUCACAUGGCUUCCAGUUCUAAGAUAAGCAACAAGCCAUUUGAUAUCGAACAACUCAACAAACUGGUGCGGACGUUCAAGGAAGAAAUGUUCCACUCCUUGCUAUUCGUCAACAACGUUAGGGAAAUCUCUCUUUGCGAAAUAAGUGAAGUUUCUGGACAGCCAUUCGACGAGUACAAAGUCACGGCGACCUUGUCACCUGAAGACGAAAAAAGUCUAGAAGAAUUUGCAGGCUACGUUAAAGAAACUUCUAGAAUUCUCCGCAAGGGAAGUGUUUCUUUGGAGGACGUUGAAAAGAGAGAAGUCUCCUACGUAGUAAGCCUUGAAGAUAACCAAGGCAAGAAAGAGAGAUGGCUCGUUGUUCAGCGAUGUGGAUUUGAACGUGAUGCCGAGGUGCCGUCUUGUGUUAACUCUGCUGUGAAGAAACAGGAACUCGGUCUGUUACCACGAGGAGGGGUUGCUACCUUGCUGGACUCCCCUCCGGCUGCUGACAAGAAAGCAUUCUGCUUCCUUCCAUUACCUUUCACAACUGGCCUUCCUGUCCACGUUAAUGGCCAUUUUGCCCUUGAUCACGAGGCAAGACGCAACCUAUGGCGCUCAGAAAGUGAAGGAGAUCACCGGGGCGCGUGGAAUACAAUGCUUCUCAAGUCCGUGGUGGCGCCGUGUUAUAUGACCCUCUUGAGUGAGAUGAGGCAACACCUAGGAAUCCAAGACACUGACGCUGUUAUUGGAAGGAAUGAAGCGCUCCAGCAAACGGAACAGUACUUGCAAUUGUUCCCGAAUCUACAGAAUAGGGAACAAUAUUGGGACGAACUAGCGAAGGAAGUGUACCGCUACAUUGGAGACAAGGAAGUCCCCCUCCUGCCUGUCCAUCGCCCAGUGGAAGAUGAGUCUGCGAGUGAAAAGAAGGAAAAGGAUGAACAAGCUUCACGUGUGAAGAUCGAGUGGUUUGCCCCAAAAGAAGAGGGUGGUCGUAAGCUGUUUUUCAAUGAUUUAAGUCCCGUGACAGCCGAACAGUUCAAGAAAGAUGAUGCCUCCACAAAGAAACCUGCAAAUAGUGUUCUUUUAACCGACACGCUUCUGCGCAGCGGCCUGAACCUAGCCAAGGCUCCACUUGACCUUUUCAACAACUUCAAAAAAUCAGAUGUAGAUGUAGCAUGCGUUAAUCCAGAAGACGUCCUCUCCUUUUACCACACAGGCAGCAACAUCGAGUGCCUUCCCCAAUGUCUAGAAGACACUGGGAUAAAGAACGUGGAAAACCUGUUACUUGUGUUGGGGUACUGCAAACAUUCCGAUAAGUUUCUUAAAAGUCUUCACGGGCUGCCCUUGUUGCUAACACAAGAUGGAAUUCUGAGAAUGUUUGACGAGAAAAACCCGGUCUUUCUAACGACACACCACACCCUUACCCCAAGAAAUGCCUCACUCUUUGUGCACCGUAACCUCUUCAACAUUGUCUUUUAUGAGGCCCUGUCUAAAUCAAAUGUCUUCAAGCGGUUCGAUAUUGCCGCUUUUGCAAAGCUACUACCUAACAACCUCGAACGGAAGUACAAUGUUAGCGAUGAUUUUAUCGAAUGGGAUCCUAUUUCAGACAAAAGGAAUGACCUGCCAUCGAGGGGAUGGCUGUUCGGCGUCUGGAAGCUCAUAACAAGUGAGAUAAAAGAUGCGAUAAAGAACUGUGUCGAGCAGAACCAAAAGGAGAUAACAUUGGAGCACAAAUUGAGACUGGCUAAAAACGUUGUAGCUCCUCUUCAAAAUUGGUGCUUAUUACCUGUCGAAGAGACCGAGUGCUCGUCGCUGGCUUCAAGUGGAAAACGUCAUCGGCAACUGUUGGCACCUUUUUCUAUGUCAAAACUUGUUGUGUCGCUUCCAUUGCAUUUCCGUCCCGAUUCUAUUUGUGGCGUACUACGAAAGCUGGCACUUCCAGAGAUCAACACGCGGGUUAUAGUAUCACCCUGCAACACAAGCAGCAUAUUUGAAAGCAAUGCUGACUCCUUGGCUCGCCUGCUUGUCGCCAAUGUUGGCAAUCCAAGACUGAUCCUCUCAGCGCUUUCCCACAAGCUAAAUAAAGUCGAACUCCCUUCUACCAUCACCUCGAAGGAUUGCAAAGAUGUGCUCACAUACUUCAACGGCAACGUGACAUCACUUUCGCCUGACGACUCUUACAGUUUGAAGACACUACCAUUUCACGAAACAGUGAAUGGCAAACACACCAGUAUCGCUGAAAAGAAAGUCUAUGUUCUACCAUCUGAAAUACCCAAGGCUGGAUUAAACAUCUGGGAAAGAAGUGGGCUAGUGUUUUUGAAAGGGGACCAAAGCCUUGAGGCUUUGUAUCAAUUCCUGGAUUGCCUAUGCAAGAAUUCCGUGGAUAUAUAUUGUGAAGUUAUUUUGCCUCGUUUCCAAGAUAUGACACAGCAAGCUCACAUUGACCAUUUGCAAUUUCUGGACGGAAAACUUUUUACACUUCAGCUGCAGCAGGGCGGCACGCUAGACAGAAAUAGACUCAUUUCUUCAUUGAGCAGCCUUAAGUUUCUCCCUGGCGUUGUACAUGGCCAGCUGAAGCCCGCCUCUUCCUUCUACGAUCCACGCAACGAUGUUUUCAAAAUUAUGCUUGAAAGCAAGGCAGGGUCAUUUCCUCCAACGCCGUUUAACUCUGACUAUUGGCUAUCAUUCUUGUGUAAGAUCGGGCUUAUCCACAUCGUUAGCAACCAGAAGUUCGUAGAAUUUGCUGAAGAGGUGGCGGAUGAAGCAAUAUAUUCUAGAACUGAUGCCAUCUUCAAAAAGUCGCUGACUCUUAUCAAACAACUUUUCAAGCGAAAAGACAUAACAACUAGCUCCAUCUUAGUAGAUAUCAAGAACACAAAGUUCGUCCCUCCCCACAAGGUCAGCGAGGCUCUGUCUCGGCUCUGCCCUCCAUUUGGAAGCAACGUGAAUAGUGAGCUCUCGUACAUCCCCUUCAAUGGGUCAGUCCUACCCAACCACGAGACAAUCUCAUGGACGAGUGCGAAUAUUCUACCCCGGCAAGCAUGUCCGCCUUGGCCCUUAAGGGGCAUUGAACAAAUGCUUGGAAUCUACGAAAAGCCACCUGUGGAAGUAGUCGUUGCACACUGUUUGACGAUUUCCAAACGUUUUGCCAAGACGCUCAACGGGGACACGAAGAAUCUGACGGAACCUUGCAAGAUAAAGGAUGUUAUGGAAGAUCUUUAUGAUUUUCUAUCGACUUGCGCUGACGAUGUUUCAGUAGAUCGCCUAAAGAACGCACAGUGCAUUCUCGUCGCGGACGGAGGGCGCGUGGUUCUUCCACGCCAGAUUGUUGUCAAAUCCUCCAUAGAGAUCCCUCCGUAUCUGUACAAGAUCCCGCUCGAGCUCGGUAAGUUCCACGAACUGUUCAAGCGGCUCGGUGCCACUGGCACUGUAACAGUACAGCAGUAUGUAUCAGUCCUUGACAUGAUCCAUAAAAAGUGUGGCAACAAAUGCAUGGAUCCUAAUGAGAUGAAAAGCUCUCAACUGGCAACCAAAGGGAUAUUUGAUCUGCUUUCACAGAGCAAACAAACCCCUGAUGAAAUGGAGCAUCUGUUCUUACCAGGUGCGAGAAAAAGUGAAAAAGACCGGGUGUAUUUAGUCCCCUCCCACCAGCUUAUUUGUGAUGAUGCGCCGCACUUUCGCGAUAGAAUCGACGGAUUUAAAGAGGUUUUGUUGAUUAGGCUAAAAGACUGCGGGCUGGAAAACGCCAGUGAUGACACGCUUGUCUGUAAGCUACCAGAGAAGGUCCGUCCUCAAAUGAUGACUCAGAUAGUGGAAGAGAGGCUACUUAAUAAUGAUAGUAAAGCAUGUGAUGACGACGACCAAUCAAAUGUGGCAGCAAGAAAACUCAGACAGGUUAUCAAUUCGGAUGAAUUCUGCCUAGGAUUCGCCCGCCUCGUCAAGCACGAAGACUACGAGAACCAAAACGAAACAAGGCCAGAUAUUCUGAGCGACAUCAAGAGUAAGCUUGCUAGUCUUCGAGUUGUCAGUGGUCCAGAACUGCGCACACAGCUUUUCUACAAAGAGCAUGCAAUUCCUGGUAGUGAGUCCAAAGUUGACUGCUUCGAUGAACACAGCAAUACCGAUAACAUCGUGACACUCUACGUCAACACAGACAUUCAAUCAUAUCAGCCAAAGAUUGCUGAGGUCGUCAAUAGAAUUGCUGGUAAGGUUCUUACAAAUCUGUUGUACCUAGCACCACUUCUUAGCAUGCCUCCUUGGGGAAUUAGCUUGUACCUGGACAAGAAUAAUAUCCGUGAGGACAACAGUGUGGAGACGUCGUAUCUGCCCGAGCCUGGUUCCUAUGUUCACCUGGAUCAUCAUUUUCUCCUGGAUAACUCCUUUGAUCACUUCCACGCAGGCGAGUAUGUGGGCUACGAGAUGGACGACCCAAGCGUGCGGGAUGAGGAUGGUCCUCCUACUUACAUCUACGCGAUCGUGGUGGAGGAAAUCACAGGAGAGGAGAGCACUGCGCUCCUUCUAACUCGCAAGUACAAGAUCAACAUCGGUGACUACCGGGAGGUAAUUGCAGAUGGAAUUGAUCUGUAUAAGUUCAGACGACCACCAGACGCACAACGUGAUGGCACUGGCAUGGAACUUGUCAAACGCGCUAGUGAGAGUGAAGUACCUCCUCCCAAGCACACUGGGGUUCUUAAGGAUGCCCUUGACGAAGUGACAAGAGUUCUCGAAGAGGCAUGGAAACUGAUCUUGGAAACACGCAGGAAGAUCAUCAAACGACUCUUCCUCAAGUGGCACCCAGACAAGAACCCGGACGAUGUUGAGUUCUGCACUAAGGUGUUUCAGCACCUUCAGAAUGAGAUUCAAAGGCUGGAGAGCGGAAAAGCCAGUGUCUUUCACUCUUCUGGCUUCUCUGAUUUCCAUGGCUUUUCUCAGAGGUGGGGUAGACGAGCCCGCAGUUACGGACAAAGCUGGAGUAGCUAUGGAACUAGUCGCGGGUAUAGCGGGGGAUGGUCUAGUUACCGUUCCUCUUAUGUGCCGAGGAGCUCUGGGCGCAGGAACCCUCAGCCCACAGAAUCGCGACGAUGGUUUCGCCAAGCUGAGGCGGAUCUCGCGGCGGUUGCGAAUGAUCUGAACAUGUACUACGAAUGGGGAUGCUUCAAGUCUCAUCAGGCUGCUGAAAAGGCACUAAAGGCUGCCCAGUUCUCAUUGGACGCGACCAACGUUCGCAUACACGACCUACACAGGAUCGCCAGCUGUUUAGACGAUUCCACACUCAGCAGCCUCGCCGUGCAGCUUGAAGGCCUGGUUGGUAACUCUAUGCGCAUGCGCUACCCAGACUGCAUGUCUUCUCCCAGAAUCCCUCACGAUUUUUACACGAGACAUCAAAGUCGAGAGGCGUGUCGUCUGGCCGAGGCGAUCUUGAAUCGAGUCAAGGAGAGAUUUGUCGAUCAGGGCCAAAUGGAAUUACGAAAAGGUCGAAAAAGAGAAGCGGCAAAGGCAACAAAGGAAAAAAGAGUAAAAAAAAGGAAAAUGAAAGAUUAAGAAAGAAAGAGUAGAAAAGUUCUAAUUUUGCUCGACUGUAAGUAGUAAUGGCAACGCUUACGACAGUUUAUCAGUGAAAUAGCCAAUAAUCGUUUUCAUCAUAAAGCGGAUUUCAGAUGAGUGUAGAAAGUAAGUCUUGCGACUUGAAUUUUGUCAAACUUUCUAUAGGUAGAGGGCAAAGUCUUUUGUGAAAUUGAAAACUAAAUCAAAACGCGCCAAUACCCACGUCAUGACUACAAAGGCCUGACUCCAUUUCCUGAUUGGUUUGUUGUUGAAUGGCUUCGACCUCUGAUUGGCAAGUGGUUUUGCAUCUGCGUUUAGUUUUCGACACUCAUCUGAAAUCCGCUCUAUCCAUCUUUAAACUUUUAGAAGUUCCGUUUCCAUCAAAAUUGUUACAUUCGCAUUCAAGUUCUUUUUAUACUUUAGAACGAAGUAGUUUCACGAAGUAGUUUCACUCAGAAGAAAACAUCAGAAAUAAACUUGAAUCUGUAUUCGUUUGUCAAACGCAUUUUAAAGCCACGCCCCGUGUUGAGGACCAUUGUGGGGGUACCCACAGAACAGCGUGGAAACGGAACAAAAAGAAAACGGUAGAAACCAACUUAAUUGAUUUCAAAAUGCAACAUUGAUCAAGGAAAAUUUUCAAAUAUAUCCGUCAAGAACGGAUGUGUUAGUGAAUAUGUCAGGGGGAACAUUUAGUGAAUACAUUUCCCUUGUAAUGAACUUUGAUUAUACUAUAUUACCUGGAUUUAUAUUUGAAAAUUACAAUAAUAAUUGGUGACAGUGAGUGAGUUUUUUUUUGUUAUUUACCAGAUGUAACUAUUACUCUUGUUUUCGUGCAAAUAAAUAUAUUAUUUUGUA